AAACGAGUUGUCUCUUUAACAGCUCUUAAAGUCAUGUGACAGUAAAAAAACGGUGUCAACAUGGCCGCCUCUAGGAACCGGAAUCAUUGUUUACAGCCCCUACUUGGGGUUAUUUUAUUAUGUUUCACUUAUUGUCAUUUGAAAAUGGCUCUAGCAAGUGAAAUCGACAGCUGUGAGAAUCUGCACUUGGGACAGUAUCUUUGUAAAGACCCAAAAAUAGAUGAUGCAACACAAGAGCCUGAUAACUGCAAGGACUCAGUUGCUUGGGUGGAAUGCCUGCCCGCACCCAAUGUCAGCUGCCGCUUGUCCAAUGGAACAGAAUUUAAAUUCAGUGGAGAAGAAGUUGGAUUUAACAAAAGCAUCCCAUGUCGAAAUGUGAGUGGGUACUCAUACAAAGUUGCAGUGGCCCUUUCCCUCUUCCUUGGGUGGCUGGGGGCAGAUCGCUUCUACCUGGGGUAUCCAGCUCUAGGUCUGCUGAAGUUCUGCACAGUUGGGUUCUGUGGCAUUGGCAGUCUUGUGGACUUCAUGUUAAUCUCCAUGCAGAUUGUCGGUCCAUCUGAUGGCUCCAGCUACAUAGUGGAUUACUAUGGGGCUCGACUCACACGACUUUCCAUCACCAAUGAGACUUACAGAAGGACACAGAUUUCACCCUGAACCAGACCAUGGAGGAAAAGCUGAAAACCUUCAAAGGGGAUGAAUUUGUUUGUGUAAGGCAAGUUUUCAGACUUUUCCCCACAUGAUUCUCCUGAGCAAACAUAAGGACACGACAGAUUGCAUGAAUAAGAGUAAAGACCGGAUGGUACGAAGACACGAUCCAACGCUGGGAGUAUUAAAAGCAGAGACCCUCAAACAGCAGCUCCUUCAAAGCCGUGGUUCUGAUGAGGCCUGAAACCCACCCUCACAGAGCCUCAGGAACAUAUCUGAGACUGGCAGCACCAUCCGCGCUCUCUCUGCCUCUGUCUGCAGCCAGCGCACUGGUAUAGGCCCCAUCCUUUCAUUUCUGCUACCAUCUCCAGGCACGCCCGCCACAGUGUGUUAUCAAGUCCUCCUGUGACCACAGGCAUCAUCGUGUUGCCAUUUGAAAUGUGUGUAAAUAGUGUUCCGCACCCAAUUGCAGAACGUGAUUGGAUUGAUUACUUGCGAAGCGCUGGUUCCACGCUGGCUCGCUGACGGAUUUUGGCUAUCACGGGACACCCGCCUCUGUGCGCUGCCUUGCCGUCCAGUUCAGAUGCAGGACGGUUGUUGUUCGAUGCGGUUCAUUAUGCUCUAAGUUUCCAUUAUGAAUGCAGUGCUGCUUUUUCCCAGAAGGAUCCGCAAACAGUCCGGGUUCAAGUGAUGUCAAGCACUGUUUCAAUUUCACUUGAGUGUGUCUGUGCGUCUGCGCUCCGUCGUCCUAUCAUUCAUGCAACCCCGAAUAGAGCCAGGCAGUUAAUCACAGCCAAGUGAUUACUGUAUUGGCCUCUGUGAGCCAGCAAGCGAAUGAAUGUGUACGUGUGUGUGCGUGUGUGCGUGUGUGUGUGUGUCUGUGUCCGUAGAACAGUCUGCUCUUACAUCUGAAUCAUUAUUAACAGGACUGUGUCCCUGCAGCAGUUUGCAAAGCGCAGUGCUUUGGAUUGGGUCAUUGAUUCAGCCAGGCCGCCAGCGUCACUGUCUUUCAUAAUUCGAUUAAUGGAUUUAGUUUCCUAGUGUUGGGUAUCCUUUCUUAAAAAAAAGUCUCCAAUGUCUUAGAGUCUCAUCCAGGACCAUAAAAGGAGCUGAAAGUGAGUGCACUGAUUCAACACUUUACGUGAUGCUAUGUUGAUAUUAUGAGGCGAUGUAUUAAACGGUUAUCUGUCAGGUGUUUAAUUUAAGGCUAUUUUGUAAAAGAAUGCUCUCUCUAAAUCCACAUCUUUAAAUCUCUGGUGUUGUAUGUCAGAUCAGCAGAGUGGAACAGCAGUAAAUCUCUGUCUGAUAGCUUUUCUUUGUUCCUGUACCCUUGCUUGAGCUCCUGCUGUAUCUCAUGAAAGUGACAGUACUCAACAGUUACUCAUUUGAUGAAGGAAAACGAGAUUCAUAUUUGUGGAAGCAUGUCUUGGGAGCACAUUUGGAGACUGUCAUAGUGCACCAUUUUAAAUCCUACCAAUAAUUCAUGCAUGAUAUAUAUAAGUACAAUAAUAUAUUAUAAUUGUAUAUAAUUAGUGGUGAUAUGAUUAGGUCUGAUUUGCUACAAAUGAGAAGUUGACAUCUGAACUGGAAUGAGUGGUGUGUCUUCUGAGAUGAAUGGGAUAGUUUUCCUCAAAGCUGAUAUUCCAGUUGGAUAUUGUGUUUAGUGAUGGGAGCUCUUGUAUGAGAAUAGCAGUGUGGUGGUAGGUCUGCAGCUGCUGGAUUCAGUAGGCCUGAAACAGUGUGUGAAAUGCUGUAUACCUAAGGUGUGCCUACCUAAGAUAAUGCAGGACAUGUACCCAGCCUCACUUCAGCUGCCAUGUGGCUGCAAACCAGAAAACAUUUAAGUUAGGUGUACAAUUGCUUUCAUUAACAGUUUUAUUAAAAUUAGAACUAAUGGCAUGACAAUAAUCACAGGAACGGAGUAAUAUACAGUUUAAACUGGUAAAAAAAAAGUCAAAAUUAAAUAGUCAUGAAAAUUCACCUGUGAGCUCUAAAUGAACCUUUCAAUAGCACAAGACAGCCCAGGUUGUUUAUUGUAGUCACAUAUUUCACAUGGUGUUUUAUCCAUCAAUACACUGCCAUCAACAUGAACCUGGAACCUGAUGUUCCCCCAAAGUCAUUUCCUUUCAGCCUUGUCAAGGGAAAAUUGUACAGUAUUGGUUUCUUUUACCAAAAAUGUUAAACUAAAUGGUAUUUAGUUUCCCCUUUAUAAAAUGUCACACAUGACAGGUUAGAUAGUUCUGACGGCCUUGCCUGUCUCCGAGUUGUAAAUGUUACAUU